GCUGAAAUGAACUCCUUCCAACGUAGGGAGGGAUUCGAGUGUCAGUGGAGAUUUUACGGUGAAAAAUUGAAUUCUUUUUGAUUUUAUAAUUCUAUAAUAUUAUAGAGUCAUCUCUUCUUCAUCAUGUCAUCAUUUACUGUAUGAAUUAACUUACGAUUGGUGAAUUUUUAAAAAAUUCAUUGAGAAACUACAUAUUAGCUGCUAGAUACAUUAACGUUGAUAAUGAUAAGGAUGAAAUGGAAAGCAAGAUUUCUGUUCAUCAUGGUUAUCAUGUUAGCAGUGGCCAUUACACUUUCAUUGUUAGACGUCUCAACAAUACUUUUGAAGCACGAUGCAAGUUUGCCAAUAACAGGUGAAACAGUUGACGAAGAGAAAACAAAAAUCGACUUAAGAACAACUAAAGAUAAUAAAAUUGACAUGCAAGGUGUUUACGUUAAACUAAAAGAAGACAUAGCCUUAUCACAGAUUGAUUCAGAGAAUGAUGAACAAGUACUCGAAUAUUUUGAUAGAAAAAACUUGAAGAAUGUGCUCGUCUCAGAAAAAACAGUACCAUCAACCGAAGAGGAAACCGCUGCAAAGGGACCCAAUAUGAGUGCCUCUAUUGGCUCAUGGCAAAACGUGUAUGGAACAAGAUCCAAGUUUUUCGUCUUCUCAGCGUAUUAUGAAGAGGAACGAGAAGAGAGAAGGCUGAGUGUAAUUGCUACCACUGUCCUCGUUGACUCGGAGAGCGUAUGGUGCCGCAUGUGGACAUCUGCUGGCUCUCACCUGGCAGAUGUCAAGGCCAAUCUACUGGAGAUGAUCGAGCAUAAACAUAAAGAAUUCAGUGGGUUCUUUUUGUAUUGUCCCUUGGAAGGCAUUGAUUUGAAGCCGCACUCUGUGUCAAUAGUGAAAGAGUUGAGCAUGCCCUGUACCAAUCAUCUUUUGGUGCACGAUGCAAGCAGAAACAAUAAAUAUCCCAUUGAUGACAUGAGCAUUGCUCUUUGUGUCAAACCCAUGCAUCACAAUUAUGAUAAGGUGCUACUCUUAAUUGAGUUUCUAGAGUACUACAAGCUACUCGGCGUCAGUCAUAUGAUCACCUAUAACCUCUCAAUAGCGGAUACAACGUCGUGUGUGUUGAGUGACUACCAGCGGCAGGGAUUCGCUACCGUGCUACCAUGGCAACACGACCUCGAUCUGGAUGAUGUGGGCGACGAGGAGAGGCAAGUGCGUCACCAGAACAUGAUUGCCGCACUCAAUGAGUGUCUCUACCGAACAACCAGCAGUCGAUUCGCCCUCACCGUGAUGGUCGACUUGGACGAAUUCAUUGUGCCAGCUCACAAUUAUUACACACUGCAGGAUAUGAUAAGAAAUAUUGAUCCAAAUUUCAAAAGCUGUAAGUAUGGAUCAUAUCAAAUUCGGAAUGCCUUCUUCUAUAUGGGAUGGCCAGAUGAUGUGGGUGACCAAGCCACAUUUGGAGAUACAAUGGGGAAUACAUUUGGAGCCACAGUGAAGGAGGAUACAUCUAGGAAUGAUGCAGUCACAGCUACAGAUACAAUUAGAAACCAUCUUAUCACCGUAAGAAAGACACGCCGAAGAAAAGCAAUACAUGACUCGUUUUCGAGAUCAAAAUUCAUUUGUCGGCCUGAUUUGACGAGGGAGGUCGGCAAUCAUUUUGUGUUUGAACAUGAAGGCAGUUCUGCAGCCAUGUUAGUGCCGACAUCAUCUGCACUCCUCCAUCAUUACAGAGAUGACUGCGAGAUGGAUAAGCCUGGCUGCUUGCGACUUACAUCAGUUGUUGAUAGAACUGCACAUCAAUAUCGCCAAGAACUUGCAAAACAGGUCGAAGUCACCUGGAAUCGACUGAAACAUCAGUGUAGCCUCCCUGAUUGGUGAACAUCACUGACAUGUGGGCCCUCUACUAGUACCUACUAUUACUUAUAGUAAUUUACGUUAUCCUAUACAAUUGAACAAGCAAUUUCUGCUUUUAUGUUUCUAUUUCACCGGAUCUCGAAAACGGCUCUAAUGAUUCUCACGAAAAUCAGAACAGAGUGGGUUUAUAAUAUAAAAAUUCCCUGGGAAAACUUGCUGAAUGACAUUAAAAGGAUAAUUACUAUUCAUCCUUGGAAAAACAGCUGAUAAUAAUUAUUAUUAUCAAUUAGACCUAUGCCCGGUUUCUCAGUCAUUCCAUAAACUGUUUAUCCAUUCAAUAACUUUAUUGAAUCGAUAAACAUGAGAAAUGCGUUUCUAGAACGCUCCCUAAACUUAUUGAAUACUUAAAUCUCUCGUUAAACACUAUAUGCCUGGUUUCUCAGUCGUUCCAUAAGCUGUUUAUUCAUUCAAUAACUUUAUUGAACCGAUAAAUAUGAGAAAUGCGUUUCUAGAAUGCUCCUUAAACUUAUUGAAUCCAUAAAUCUAUAGAUAAACUAUAGUGCCAAAAUCCAGCCUAUAAAUAUUUUUGGAAUGGAUAAAUUUCUGAAAUUUUUGGUUGCAAUCAAAAAAUUAAAUUACAAAAUAAAAUUAAAAUUAGUUUAGAUCACCAGUAUUUUAAAAACAAAACAGAAUCAAAGUUGCACUAUAGACUAUUAUUUUUUACCAUUGCUAGCCCUCAUUUGGUGUCAGCCAUCUUGUUUUGGAGACAUCAGCCAAAAGAUGUCAGUACUGUAGGAAAUUAACCCACAACAGGAAGCAUGGACAUCCAAGAUUUGGUUGGUACCAAGCAUAGAAACCAUGUAUAAAGUUUGUUUACAAAAGUGCUAGUUUGGGAUCAUGCCAUGUUGCCAGAUUCAUUGAACAGAUAAAUUGUUCCAUAGCUAUGGAUUCUAUAAAAAUAUGUUUGAGAAACCAAUAAAAAUUUAUUGAUUGGAUAGAGUUGUUAUUGAAUGAUUAGCUAUAGCGUUGUUUCUUCUUCUUCUUUGGCUACCGUAUGCUUAAUCACAAUCAUAUGGGAUAAGCUAUAGAUUUGUUUAUUGAACGAAAUAAUGCCAAAAC